AUGACGCACAGUGUGAUUAUUUCGAACAUCCCCCUAGAGGUAUCCAAUGUUACGGUCAUGAAGUUUAUCCAGCUGAAUGAGCUAGUUGUGGAGCACAUCCAGCCUUUCCCGGAUGAAUACCACCAUAUCAAUGAGGAGGCUCAGACUAAGACAUUGCAGAUCUUCACCCAUGACGAUGAGGGAAAACAUCUUAUUAGUGAUCUUUUCAGUGAUAUCUCUGUUAUGGAUAAAAUGCUUGACUUGGAGAAGCUGGUGAAGUGUGGGCCGAACAGUGUUCCUCGCGGGGAACGGGCCAGUGAACAAGAGGUGGGCGGAACACAGGGGACUACUGGGAGAGGAUCCCUGAGUCGUGGUAGGAGGAUUUCGGUCACAAUCUUGUGA